GUAAGAUAGCCAAGUCCCGCCUGGCUCCCAGAAGCUGUCCCAGGUUGACUCCCGCAAUGACCGUGCCUUGUGUCCCAGCCGGCUCUGACUCUCCCCAUCCUCUUGGGAUCUUGGAGGAUCUUUCAGAUUUGGGGUCACGGGUGAGGCUAGAAGGUGCGUACCCAGCCCGCUGCAAACGUGGUCGGGUCGCCGGAGUGGCGGAAGAGGGGCCGAUUCCAAACAGCUGCUUGGUGACAACAGUUCUCUCCUCCUGUUCAUCCAGAGAGCAUUUCGUUUCACAAGAAUGCUGUAAGGGGCUGGCCGGAGAGGGCUCCCCGCCCGCGUCAGGUACUGAUCAGAAACUCCGGGCUGGGACCAAUAACGCGCUGUGUCUUCAUAAGCUCUAGAUGAUUGUUGGCCGUAAGGAAGCUGACCGUUGGUCUCAUCCGUCCCUGCACCUGGCCAGGGGUGGAACAGAAUAAGUGCGCGUUACAAUGAGUGAGAUCAAUAGCUCGUCUGCUCCUCUGCCAUCAGAGACCUCAAAUGAGACCGUGGACAUAGAGUGCCUGAUUGAAGGCUCAGCACACAGUAGGCCUUCACUAAGGGGGGGCAGGAAGGAUUGUCCCGGGACCAAGGUUGGAGGGCUGCGCGCUGGGAGCCGGUGGGGCUCGCCGAGGAGGGAGAGAACCAGGACGGAAGAUUCAAGGUUGGGGGGCAUGGCGACUGCUGAUGUCACAAUGCCCCCAUUUGCCUGGAUGUGUCGGGCUCCUGGACCCCCCGAGGGUGGAAGAGGAGAUGGCCGGCAGCAGCGAGAAGAUCACCGGGGAAGUGGAAUCCAGGACCAGGGGGACAUUUGCGGACCAGAAAUAAGCACGGGGCAGAAGAAGCACCAAGAUACUGGCGGAGGCAUGGGGAAUCACCGAGACCUGUCAGGUAUCUGGGCCUUGAAUGUGAAGAAGAACUCUUUAAUGAUGGAGGUGAUUGAAGCAAGAAAGGCGAAGAGACACAAAGAACUCACAGAGAACAUCGGGCUUCCCCUGAGUCUGCUUGAAAAGCACAGCCCGUGGCCAGCCUAUGUCACCUACACAUCCCCGAUGGUGGAAAAACUCAUUGAGAAAAGCAAAGCCAGGGACCUGGGUUCUAUGCAAGCACUUGAAGAAAGCCAGCGGGCCUCAAGGCAGAGCCAACCUUCCGGCAUCGCGCAGCUGAAAAGGAGAAAGUCAUCUAAGUCCUCCGGAGACACGCUGUCCAAGGACAGGAGGUCAGAGACCAUGUUAUCGGUAUGGAGCACGUGUGCGGUGACGAGCCUGGGGCCCGCCGUCAUGCCCGAACCGAUACGCUUUCAUACGGAGUCCAGAGAAAACCCCACUGCAAACUAUAACAAGAUCAUCUUCUCUCGAAAACCUAUGAUGAGGAUCCUUCCAUACAGCUCACUUCUAGCCAACAAGGAGACACAUUCGAAUAUUUAGCAGGGAAUCCCUGCAACCACCCACCCCCCUCCCUUCCCAAGACGGUGCAGCAACGAAGCUCCAUUUGUCACCAAGUUUGCUACGUCCUCUGAAUGUGAACUUGCCCCUGCUUGUGCAGAGGUUGGCCGGAGACAAACCAGAUCAGAAUGUGGGCCGUGGGGGUGGGGGGGGGUGGGGGUGGGGUGGGGGAACCCUCUCCAGCGUCACCAUCUGGUAGGGAUGGGAAAGUGCCAUGUUCUAGUUCCUGCCGCAGAUGCUUAGAACCUAACUGAGGGUGAAUCAGUCCUGGUCUAGGCAGGAGACCGAAAUCACCCCGGUUGUGAUGCCAGCGAUAAUGUAAUGUAGAGAAUUACUAACCAGGUGGCUGGAAAAGGCAGGGGGGAGGCCACACAGGUAUUAGGGGCGGUAGCACCUGUAGGAAGCAGUUUUCACAAGGCUGCACGAGGGAAGAUAUCGGACUUGUUAAAGUUAGGCACUUGGAGAAGGGGUAUGCGGGCUGGAUCUCAGAUUUCUGAGCUGCGGGGGACAGGGGUGCUCCUCAGCAGGUUCUCGGGGUCUCUGAGCUCGGAGAAAAGUUCCUGCGGGGCCGGUACCUCUGAAUCUGAGGAGGAGAAGGUCUCUGGCUGAGGCGGGCUCCGUGGUUGCUGAGAAAACCAAAACACCCGAGUCCAAUGCUUCUGGAAGGGAUUGACCCUGCCUGAGUGAACAACAAGCACUGCGAGUGGAAACAGGGACAGGAAGCCAAUAGAGUCACAUCUGUGAAGCAAUGAACACCCACCUCGCUUCCCUCAGCAGAGGCGUAGAGGAUGUGAUGUGCAAGUCGCUAUGAGGGCCAUUCGAAGAAGUUGGAUUUGCCAUCCACGUGGCCACUCUCUGCAUACACGAAUCGUGCAGAAACGUCGGCACUCACCUCUGGCUGCUGUGAGUGGUGUUGGGAGAGCUGCACAAAUGAAGAGCUCCGGACCGAUUCCUGGGGUAUCCGACCUUGGCCAGAACCAACUCUUGCACAAAUAUAGGUGGUUUCCAGCUGA